AUGUUUGGCCAAAACAGCGGCAGCGGCGGCGGCUUCGGCGGCGGCGGCGGCGGCUUCGGCGGCGGCGGCUUCGGCGCCGGCGCCGGGGCGAACCCGAACGCGACGCCCUGGUCGCCGAACACGCCCUUCGGCGGCGGCGGCGCGCCCGCGCCCGCGCAGACUCCUUUUGGCGGCGGCGGCGCGUCCUUCGGCGGCGCGGCGACGCCCUUCGGCGGCGGCGCCGCGGCCGCGACGCCCUUCGGCGGCGCCGCCGCGAGCGCCGCGCCCGCGUUCGGCGCCGCGGCCCCGGCGGCGACGCCCUUCGGCGGCGGCGGAUCGUCGUUCGGCGGCUCCGGCGGCGGCGCGGCGACGUUCGGCUCGCCGGCGGCGUCGACGCCCUUCGGCGGCGGCGGCGCGCCGGCCGCGUCGUCGACCUUUGGCGGCGGGUCGGGCGGCGCGUCGUCGUCCUUCGGCGGCGGCGCGAGCGGCGGCUUCGGAGGCGGCGGCGGCGCCUUCGGCGGCGGGAGCGGUACCUUCGGCGGCAGCGGCGCCGCGAGCACGACGAGCAGCACGCCGUUCGGAGGCGGCGGGAGCAGCACCUUCGGCGGCGGCGGGAGCAGCACCUUCGGCGGCGGCGUGGGCGCGUCCGGCGGCGCGCCGUUCGGAGGCGGCGCGAGCACCUUCGGCGGCGGCGGCGGAAGCGGCACCUUCGGCGGCGGCGCGAGCACGACGAGCAGCACGCCCUUUGGAGGCGGCGCGAGCAGCACCUUCGGCGGCGGCGGCGCGAGCACGACGAGCGGCGCUCCCUUAGGCGGCGGCGGGGCCGGCUCGAGCGGCGCCUUCGGAGGCGGCGGCGGCGCGAGCAGCGCCUUCGGCGGCGGCGGCGGCGCGAGCAGCACCUUCGGCGGCGGCGGCGCGUUCGGCGGCGGCGACGCCGGCGCCGCGAAGAAGGGCGCGCCGAGCGCGUUCGGCGGCGGCGGCGCGUUCGGCGGCGACAAGGAGUCGAAGAAGGGCGGCGGCAAGGCCGCCGCAGCCAAGACGCCGUUCAAGGCCGGCGGCGGCGCGGAGCGGGGCCGGUCGCGGGAGCGCGGCGGCCGCGGCGCGGGCGCCGGCGCGCGCGACGGCAGCGGCGGCCGCGGCGGCGGCGACCGGGCCGGGUCGUCGUCGUCCGCGUCGGUCAAGGUCUCGGGCCUGCCCCUCGACGUCGGCGAGGACGCCCUGCGCGCGACCUUCGGCGCCUUCGGCGCCGUCAAGUCGACGCGCGUCGCGCGCCAGGCGUCGACGGGCCACAGCCGCGGGACCGGUUUCGUGAACUUCGAGAGCGCCGACGCGGCGCGCGAGGCCGCGGCGGCGCUCGACGGCACGGACGCCUUCCACAAGGGCAAGGCCAUCCACUGCGCGCUCCAGGCCGCGCGGCCCGCGCCCGACGCCGGCGGCAAGGGCGCGCCGGGCGGCAAGGGCGGCAAGGGCGCGGCGUCGGCGGGCAAGGGCGCGCCGGCGGCCGCCGGCGGCCUCUUCUGCGUCAAGGUCGCGGGCCUCGGGUCCGAGCUGACCGACGAGGCCUUCAGCGCCGCCGUCGCGCCUUUGGAGGGCCUGCGGUCCGUGCGCGUGCUCCGGGACCCGCGCGGCGCCGCGCUCUACGGCUACGCGAACUUUGGGUCGCGCAAAGAGGCCGACGCCGCGUGCCGCGAGCUCAAGCGGUCCGCGGCCUUUGGCGGCACGCCCAUCUGCACGGUCAAGGAGAGCCGCGAGAAGCCGUCCGACGCCGGCCGGAGCCUGUCGCCGCCCAAGGCCGCGCCGAGGCCCGCGGCGCCGAAGAAGGCCGCCGCGGGCCCGCCGCGCGCGGUCCUCGUCGCCAAGGGCGCGCCCAAGGACGAGCGGUCCCUCAAGUCCGUCUUCGAGUCCUUCGGCGCCGUCGAAUCCUGCCACGUGUCCGAGGCGGCGACCUACGUGCUCUUCGAGGACGCGGACGCGGCCGCGCUCGCCGCGCGCGAGAUGUCCGGCAUCGACGCGUUCAUGGCCGGCGCGCUCGAGUGCGCCGUCGGCGCGCCGCCGGGCGCGAACGCCCCCGCGAAGGCGCCCCAGUUCGCCGGCGCCAAGGUCUGGACGCGCGAGGCGGCGCCGCCGCCGAAGGAGGCGCCGAAGCCAAAGCCCGCGGAGCGCGCGGACCUGAAGGCGCGGAACGCGGAGCGCUUCGCCGCGCACGACAUCUCGAAAACGCCCGCGCGGCCCCGGAGCCCGCGGAGCCGGAGCCCGGCCAAAAUCGUCCAGCAGGAGGCCGGCGCCGCGGACGAUCUGGUCGGCGCGUGCCUCCAGUUCUGCCCCCAGGACGAGAUCGACGAGCGCGUCCGCUUCAAGGAGCUCGACAAGUACGAGAAGCCGCCGGGCCACGAGGCCAUGGACGACGACGAGCUCGCGCGGCGGGCGAUCCCCUACGCCAUGAAGAAGUACAAGCGCUCCGCCGCGGGCGACGUCCAGUCCGUGCCCGAGAUCGUGAGGCCGCCGGACGUGCUCUUCGCGGCGUUCGAGCACCUCGCGGCCCACGUCAUCGACGACGCGGCGCCGGGCGACUCCGAGGACGACCAGAUGACGCGCUACAUCUUCCUCUGGAACCGCUUCCGCGCCAUCCGCAAGGACUUCAUCCUGCAAAACUACACGACGGGCGGCAACGUCGACGCGCGCGUCGUCCGCGUCUUCGAGGGCAUGGCGCGCUACUUCAUCGGCAUCGAGCAGCAGCUCUCGGGCCACCCGGAGUGGCGCGAGGGCAUCGCCCACGGCAAGCACAACGCCGAGAGCCUGUCGGAGACGCUGUCCGCGCUCCUCGCGUUCUACGAGAUGGGCAAGCACGCGGCCGACGCGGGCGACGUGCUCCGCAACGAGCCCGAGUUCACGCAGUACUGGCUCAUCUAUUUCCUGGACCAGGAGCAGGGCGCCGAGGCGGGCCGGCUGCUGACGGUGCUCGCGCUGAAGCGGCCCCUGCUCCGCGAGUCCGACGCUGUGCGGCGCGCCGCGGAGAUCAAGCGCUGCCGCGAGGAGCGCAACUACGCGCGCUUCUUCGGGCUCGUGCGCGAGGCGCCCUACCUCGUGCGCUGCCUCGCCGUCGCCCAGUACGCCGACGGCAUGCGUCUGGACGCGCUCGAGGUCAUGGGCAAGGCCUACGUCAAGUCGGAGCCGUACCCCGCGGGCGAGCUCGCCGACCUGCUGUGCCUCUCGGGGCCCGAGGAGGCGCGGCGGCGCGCCGUGGACUACGGCUACAGCGUCGACGCCCAGGGCGACGUCCUCUUCGCGGCGACGGGCGCCGACGUCGACCUGGACGCGUUCGGCGACGGCGGCGGCUCGAAACGAGCGCCGCUCUUCGGAGCCCAGGACCUCGGCGCGGCCGUGCGCACGCCGCGGGGCGAGGCGGACCCGGAGGCCGCGGCGAAGGAGCGCGAAAUGCUCGCCGCGCGCGAGGCCGCGCGGCGCGAGGCCGCGGAGCAGGCCGCGCGCGACGCCGACGCGGCGCGGAAGAAGGCCGCGGCGGACGCCGAGGAGGCGCGGCUCCGGCGCGAGCUCGUCGCCAAGCAGGAGGCCGCCGCCGCCGAGGCCGCGCGCCAGCGCGAGGCCGCGCGCCUCGCCGCGGAGCAGGCCGCCGCCGAGAAGGCCGCCGCGGAGAAGGCCGCGGCCGAGGAGGCCGCGCGGGUGAGAGCGUUGGAGGAAGAGGCCCGGCGGCGCCGCGAGGAGGCCGAGGCGCGGCGCCGAGCCGCCGAGCAGGCCGCCGCCGAGGAGGCCGCGCGCCGCGAGGCCGCGCGCCUCGCGCUCAUCGAGGAGCGGCGCAGGAGGACGGCCGAGGCCGAGGCGCGCGCGGAGGCGCGCGCGGCGGAGGCGCGCGACGCGCGGAACGCCGCGGCGGCCGCGCGGCACCACGCGGUCGCGACGUUCCGGCGCCUCGUGCGCCGCUGCGCCGCGAGGAAGCGCGGCCGCGCCGCGGACGCGAGGAAGCGCGCCGCGGUCUACCUGCGGCUCUGGCGGUAUCGCGCGGCCGCGAGGCACGCGGCGCGGCUCCGCUACCUGCGCGUGCUCCAGUCCUUUUCGCGCUGGCGCGACACGGCCCUGGCCCCGUCGCCCUUCCCGGACUACGCCGCGCGCGCGCCGCCGACCGCGGCGGCGCGCUCGACGUCGCCGGCGCCGCGGUUCGCGGCGUUCCGCGACCUCGGCGCGGCCGCGGAGCGCGCGACGAGCGACCUCGCGGACACGCUCGCGCGCCUCUGCCGGCCGCGCGUCGACGCGCGCCGGGCCGUCGCGGCGGCGGCGCCUCCGGGCCCGUCGGCCUGGGCGCUGGCGCUCGUGGGCGCCGCGGGCGACGGCCUGCUCGACGCCGUCGCGGCCGCGCUCGACGACGGCGGCCCCCGGAAGCGGGCGCGGGACUGCGAGGUCACGGUGCUGCGUUUCGAUAGCGUGGCCGCGGCGCCGCUCCCCGCCGUCGACGGGUUGCUGGUCGUCGCGUCGAAAGACCGCGCGGAGGACGCGGCCGCGGUCCUCGACGCGCACUUCAUCGGCCGGGAAGCUAUGGCGCCCUGCGCCGUGCUCCACGACGGCGCCGACGGCCCGCCGGCGCCGCUCCUCGACGAGCUCCGGGGCCGCGUCGGCGCGUGCUCGCACGCGGCGACGGCGAAGCGGUCGAUGGCGCUCGGAGGCGACGUGGCCCGGUGCCUCGCGUUCCUCGCGGCGCGAAGACCGCCGCGGCCCCUGGCGCCGCCGGCGACCCGGGCCGUCGCGGCGCGCGUCGUCGCGACGCCGCCGAAGCGGCCCGACGUCGCGGCGAUCAAGCGCGCGCGCGCGGCGCUCGCGCUCGCGAACGCGCGGCCCGCGCCGGCGCCGGCGGAGGGGCCCGCGAAGCGCUCCCGCAUCGACCGCGCCGUCGUCGCCGAGGCCCAGGCGAGCGACGACUUCUCGUCCUGGCUCGCGGGGGUCGUGGGGGGGGACGCCUAA